CUGAAACAGGUGCAACAGAGAUAGGGAGGCGGAGAGAGAGAGAGAUAGAGCGCUCAACACACAUGCCAAAGGGCACAGGUACAGGAAACAAAAAAAAGGGCAAGACAACGCAAGGAAUUAGAAACGUUUGGAGUUUUGGGCGAGCGUGUGAGGAUCAGUUGUGCGGAUCAGCAGCAACUCGCAACGGGGAUCUAUCGAAACUGAUUCGCAGACUUGUUGAAGUGAAGUUACAAAUUCCACACACCAUCCAUAGUACCUGCUGGAAGGAAGGCAGCAGCAGCAGCAGAGCGAACGCGUCGGGUAUGGGUCGUGCAUUAGGGUUAGCGUUGGUGGUAUGUUUGCUAGGGUGUUGUUGGUGGCGGUCCGUCGAGGCCACGGCGGCAACGACGACGACCGCGACGACGCUGUCCGGAAUUUACGUCGAUAAUGGCGUCGGUCAGACGGUGCUGGAAGAUGCACUCACGUUCGAGGAGCAGCAGGAGAUCGAGAAUGAAAUUUUGAACCUGCUCGGGCUUCCGGGACCACGGCCGGCCGUGCGUCAUCUACAUUCCUCCGUCGGCAAAUCUGCGCCUCAAUUUUUGCUCAAUGUCUACGAUCAACUGCAGCAGGAGGAGAACGAGUCCGGUGGUGGGGCACGGAUACGAAAGGUUCGUAGUACAGACAUGGACAUCCUGAUUACCGAUGCCGACAGGAAAGCUAUUGAUGAGAGUGAUAUUAUAAUGACGUUUUUGAACAAGAAUCAUCAUGGUUCGGAAAUGCGCCACGAAAAGGGACGCCGCCUAUGGUUCGGCAUUACCAACAUUGAAGACGACGUCAGUGUACUGAUGGCCGAGCUGCGCCUUUACCGAAAGUUGAACCUGAACAAGUACACCACCUACAACACGUCUUUGACGUUGACGGUGUACGCGCUGACGGAGCUAAAUGGCGAGAGUGAAAUGACGGAAAUCUCCAGCAUGCAGCUGACGAGCGAUUAUGAAGGAUGGUUGGAAAUCAACGUAACCGGUGCGGUUAACCUUUGGCUGAAAAACCGACAGGCUAACCAUGGUCUGUACAUUGGAGCGUACUUUGGCGAUCGUGUUGAACGGGAAGUCAAGCUGGAUGACAUUGGAUUUGUUAGUGCGCGCGGCAGUGAUGAGUAUCAGCCAUUUUUGGUGGUGUACGCCAACAGCCAACAGCAGAUGAUGAAGCCGAUUCUUCAGCGGCAUCUAACACGCAAUAAGCGUAGUCAACCGUCGCGCAAGCGCAAACCGGGCAAAACCGAACACCGGCAUCCGUUCCAGUAUCACCAGCCGUACGAUCAGCACAAGAGCUGCCGGAUUCAGCAGCUGUACGUUAGCUUCAAAGAUUUGCAGUGGCAUGAGUGGAUAAUUGCACCGGAAGGCUAUGGAGCGUACUACUGCAGUGGCGAAUGUAACUUCCCGCUAAAUGCGCACAUGAACGCCACCAACCAUGCGAUCGUCCAAACGCUGGUACACUUAAAUCAUCCUACAAAGGUGCCAAAACCGUGCUGCGCUCCAACAAAGCUGAUCCCCAUCUCCGUGCUGUAUCACAUCGACGAGGCAAAUGUGAACCUUAAAAAAUACAAAAACAUGGUUGUGAAAAGCUGUGGAUGCCAUUAGAAAGAUGGAGGAUGGAGUUCGCUCCCCGUUUUUUUUUUCCAUCUUAUUGAUUUGUAGUGGAUUUUCAUUUGCUGUAACACACAUACAUUUUAAAAGCACUCAUUAGGAAAGGGUGAUGAGCAAUCUCAGAACCCAUCGUAGAGCGUAAGAUUGCCACGGUUUGGGGGGGGGGAGGAGGAAGUAAGAUGACUUGCCACCUUCUCUGUCCGCCAUUAUAGGCAAACACUAAGCGACGGUGUGGCGUGUGCAGAUGAUGGUGGUGACUAGUGUGUGUACUAUACUCGCGCCGGUUCGCGCAAUGCCAUGUUUUACGUGCUGUCAAACAUUUGCACUUGCGGCAAACAGUCGUAUCGGUGCCGAACAGCAGCGCAAGACUAGACGAAGAAGUUGCAGAGUUUUACCUGCUCAUAUUAACUCGAUCGAUAUGAGCCUUGGCUAAAACGGAGUUCUCGCGGAUGCACCCGGAAGGACACACGCUAGUGGACGUGCGCGCAACGCAACAAAAAAGUAUUAUUGGAAGGAACAGAAACAAAAAAAAAAGGUGAAUAUUGGGCAGAGCAACAAUAAUUGCAACAAACGCAACAGCAACAACAACCAAUGUAUAUUAAAACUUAUUUGAUAAUGCUGAUCUACUUGUGUAUAAAAUAUAUACUCAAAAAGAGGAAAUAAAACUACUCAUUUAUUGUCGUAGA